GGAUAUAUGGAGCGGAUGAGCUCGGCUCUGAUUGGCCGUGCAGGGACGCGCUCCCAGAAGGCGCAUCAGCCGCUCUCCUCUUGUCAUUUCUGCUCGUACGACUCACAUGCCCGUGAACGCCACUGGGCUCAGUGCGCGCAUCUCUGCUCCAACUUCAAACCGGUCUCGUCAGCUUGCUGAAAAGCAGACGGCUUUCACGAUGGAUGCUUCUGUUUAUGAUAUCAUACUGGGAGAGCUCGAGGAGCUGAACUGUAGUUUGAUAGAGCAUUUUCAAGACACUUUUUAUGAAAACGCUUCAUUGGCUUUGCUGAGCGCUGAUGGUUUAUAUUGCAAUGUCACUACUGAUGAGAUUGGAACCUGCUGGCCGCGGAGUAGCACUGGCAGGAUUGUGGAGAGACCGUGCCCUGCUUACAUCAACGGAGUAAAGUACAACACAACGAGAAGUGCUUACAGAGAAUGCCUGGAUAAUGGUACAUGGGCAUUGAAGAUCAAUUACUCCAACUGCGAGCCCAUUUUGGAGGAGAAGAGAAAAUAUCCUAUGCAUUACAAGAUAGCUCUGAUCAUCAACUACCUAGGCCACUGUAUUUCUGUGGGAGCUCUAAUCGUGGCCUUUAUUCUCUUCUUAUGCUUAAGGAGCAUACGGUGUCUUCGAAACAUUAUCCACUGGAAUUUGAUCACCACCUUCAUAUUGAGGAACGUUAUGUGGUUCUUGCUUCAGUUGAUUGACCACAAUAUCCAUGACAAAAAUGAGCCUUGGUGUCGAUUAAGUACGACAAUAUACAACUACUUUGUUGUGACCAACUUCUUCUGGAUGUUUGUUGAAGGAUGCUAUCUUCACACUGCUAUUGUUAUGACCUAUUCCACUGAUAAACUGAGAAAGUGGGUUUUUCUUUUCAUUGGUUGGUGCAUUCCAUGUCCAAUAAUUGUGGCUUGGGCUAUCGGAAAAUUGUAUUAUGAAAAUGAAAAAUGCUGGUUUGGUAAAGAGCCUGGGAAAUAUAUGGACUACAUUUAUCAGGGACCAAUUAUUCUUGUGCUUCUGAUAAACUUUGUUUUCCUCUUCAACAUAGUACGAAUUCUCAUGACCAAACUGAGAGCUUCAACCACAUCAGAAACAAUUCAGUACAGAAAAGCUGUGAAAGCUACACUCGUCUUGUUACCUCUGCUGGGGAUCACCUACAUGCUGUUUUUUGUCAAUCCGGGGGAGGACGACAUCUCUCAAAUUGUUUUCAUCUAUUUUAACUCCUUUUUACAGGCUUUCCAGGGAUUCUUUGUGUCAGUCUUUUACUGCUUUCUAAAUGGAGAGGUCCGUUCUGCAGUGAGGAAACGGUGGCACCGCUGGCAGGACAACCACGCUCUUCGAGUGCGAGUGGCACGAGCCAUGUCCAUCCCCACAUCGCCGACCAGGAUUAGUUUUCACAGCAUCAAGCAGACCACAGCUUUGUGAGCGUGGGAAUAAACUCUAUCCCUUCUGACAUGCUCAUCCAGAGAACAUCCUUCAUGAUUUUGGUCCAGCAUUCUAAAUUAGGCCGAGUACUUCACAGUAAACUGCUUAGUGUUGUGUGUCCAAAUCAACAAGACACUCCUUUUUACUGCUGAGGUUUCAAAUACUCAUGAAUUAGUUUGCUAGAUGAUGCAUUGUUUUACGGAAAUGUACAGUGUGUAAAGUACAAGAUUUGAAAUUCUUUGAAGAAUGUUUUACAGCAAAGAUGAAUCACCAUUCACCAACAAAGCAGGUCUUGCUUUGCUUUUUAUUUCUGUCAAAUAGCUGCUUAGUGGUUAUUUAUGGGAAGACAAGAAUUUAGCAGGAUCUGCAACUCAUCCACUCAUAGACAUAGAUGCUGAAAGAGUGCAAUCGAUAAAACUUGAAUUGUAAUUGACCACAAUGCAGCCUCUUGUCUGCCAAAACAACCAUUUGUCUUGAAAAUGAUCAGAAACUAAGAAAAUCUAACUUUCUUAAUAAAAACUGGAAACGGUUAUUUUGGAUGGAGGUGGUAAAAGGGAAACGUUUUGUCUUAUUCUGUUCUGCUUUACAUGUUGUCGGGGCAUUUCUUCACACAAUUUUACUUUCACCUCUCCUCUGGCCAUUUGUUCCCAGCACUGUUAUUUCUCCGGUGUGCAAAAACAAACAAGAGGGAAUUGACUGAAAGAAAAGUCUACUUCAGGACAUGUUUGAUGCCACUGGUUCCCCAAUCCCAAGUUAAAUCUCGAGUCCAGACAAGCAAAUCUAAGAUUAUAGUUAUUAUUUUAAGAAGUGAAAAUGAUUCUUAGCCAUUUAUGCAAUAUUUGCAUAUAGAGCACAAAGUGUUGUGCACGGGUAUAUCGUGCAUGUGAAGUGAAAGCAGAUUAAAUUCUUUUUGGCUUAAUGAAAUCCUCGUGGCUUUCUCAUAAUCAGUGUCACAACUAAGCUUUUGCUGCUGAAGAAGGGAAGCCUGAUGGAGUGGGAACCAGUCACAUCCCUAAAGACGCGUUUCGGUCAGGUCAGCGUAUUCUCUCAAUGUAAUGCCAGCUUUUACGUCUCACAAGGCUUAUCCCACAAAGUCAUGGAAACAGCCAUGUGUCUGCUUUGGUAUUUGCCCAAAAAAACUUUUUGCUGAGGGAUUAAAAGAGGAUGAGAAUUAUUGAUUUUUUUUUUUUUUUGAAGAGAUUACGAAAAUAAAAAAAGCAUAUUUAUUGAUGAUCUAAAAUGCUGCUGAUGUUUAAGCCUGACUCAUCAGAUCAUCUGCAUAAUUAUCUAGAGUUGUUGAAAAUGUAGAAAAUAGAUUUUCAAAAAUAAGUGUAUUAAUUUUUGAAUUUCUGUUAAUACUCCAAAUAAACUCUUACCAGUUUUCUGUCAUUUUGAUGCCACACAGUGUGUCAGUUAAAUAACUAAAUGUAUACAUGUGUAUCUCAGUACAUUAGAAUACCACACUUUUUCUUUCCAAUAAACUUUCCAUUAAAAUACUAGAAUAAAUCACUUUGUGAAGAGCCUUGUCUAUUUAGCAAAGAUCUUUUUUGACUUGCCCUCAUUGAGGAAGACGUUAGUGACCCGUUACUCGACAACUGUCUUGUCAGCAGUCCUGACAAUAACUGUGAAGGCUAUAAGAUGAAUUCAUAUAAGCCAUAAGAUAAUACUAUAUGAUAACAUGCUCUCAAAUUAUUUUUAAUUAGUGGCGUCUAAUACAAUUUUUUUUUUUUUGAAGAGACUGGGCUUUCAUUACCUAUAAGGGAUAAUAAGUGAAAAAUUAACACUUGAAGUACAUCUAAAGUGUGAUCAAGCUGCAUAGUUUUACCAUUUUUUGUGAAAUAAAAUAACUUUUUGAUAAUGUUCUAAUUUAUUGAGAGACACCAUACUUGCUGGAGUAUACAUUGUAGGCUUGGGUAAAAGUUUGACCAAAAUUCUUUUUUUCAAAAACUGUGUUUAAAUGGCUUGUAUAAAACAUAAAAUAUGUAACCAUCUGUUUAUGUAAAAAUGUGCUUUUCAUUGUUGUCUUUGUAAACUUGUGUUAAACUAAAGCAAAUUUGUUAUUGCUGUUCUGUUCUUACUACACUGAUGGUGGCUAGUGUAGAAACUAUCUACCCUAGACUGAUUUGUUGUAAAUAUUAUAUCUGCUUCACUUCAGAGUCACGGCAUGAAGCUGUAAUACAGCACAUCUUUCCAGGAUCUCUACAGGUUACAUAAAGUUAAAAGGACUACAUGAUGCUACUAUUGUAAAAAUGUGAAAUAAUCUUAUAAAAAA